AAUAAAUCAUUAAUUUCUGAACAUGUCGUCCGAUAAUAAUAACGACGACCGGAGGAGUCCGUCCCUAUGGGUCUGGUUGGCCGCCCUAUCGGCCCUUAUGUCCGCCAUGACUAUGGGCGCCACGUUAGGAUGGAGUGCACCGGCACUUCCAGACCUUCACAACAACGCCAGUUCCCUGUAUCUGACGGCCGCUGAUAAGGACACCGAGACG